CUUGUUCCAUCUCCCAAACCGACCGAUGUCGUGAGCAAACUGGAAAUGACUUCCCGGAGAUGGGAGCCUAGCUAAGACCGACUCCUACCUACCUCAAAUUCUUCCAACCAUCGGUCUUCCCCUUCUGAAGGGCCUGCUGCGCCGACAGCAAGGAUGGCUGACCCCGAUCCAUCCGUCAGCAACGGCACCUGCUUUUAUGCAGCACAGCAGCUCGCCAGCAACAACUUUAUCCCUUGCGGAAACUGGAUAUUUGGACAUUACCAUUGCUGCCAGAAGGGCGAUUACUGUCUCGCGCACAAUGCCUGCUACAACGCAGAGCACGGAACCACAUACCUAGCAGGAUGCACCGACAUUGAGUACGACGUUCAAAACUGCCCCGACAAGGACUCGUACAAGGAUUACCCAUGGGCCGGCCUCAUCUACUGCAGGCCCAAUCGGUGGGUCGCGUGCAAGGAGAAAGCUAAACCGUCAACCAUCGUCAAGGGCGACUCGUGCACAUGCCCCCCCGAAUCCGAGAGUAUGACCGUAGCUUUCUCAGCAGCAGCACAGAUCGAAGGCAUUGGUUCGCUUCCAAGCACCUCAGGCGGCACUAUAGAGUGGGCCGAGGGUCACUUUCCCACGGUCACGGGGCUGCCGAGCCCGACAACCUCCACCCCUACCUCGGAGACCACCGAUAUCUUGACCUCCUCAUCGUCCACCUCAGUAGUUUCAGGAUCGGCACUCCCGACAUCGACAAGUACGCCUGUCAGCAGCGUUGAUUCGUCGACUGGUGGCCAUCCCCUCAGCGACGGCGCAAAAGUAGGCAUCGCUAUCGGCUCAGCGUUUGGGGGCAUACUCCUCCUUGGCGCGCUCUCGGCAUUGUGGGUGGUGUUGCGCCGCCGGAGAACUGAGAGGAAUGCACCGUUCAGUCCACAGGCAGCAGCAUCAACACAAACUGACAAGAGCCCUGGGCCCGGCUCUGUAUCAGGACCCGUGCCGGUGGAGAUGCCCACGCCUGUGGUGCCCCCCAGGCCCGCGUAUCCUGAACUCCCGGUUGGGUCGUGGGUGAUGCGGCCUGAGCUGCAAGGAGAUGCCAUGCCAACAGGAUAUGGGCAUGUGUCACCGCCCACCUCACCGUCCGAGAGCAGCUGGCAGAGCCCGAAUCAGGCGGUGGUGGGGAUGGUGCCGCUGUCUACUGUGGCGGAUGGAGGGGAGCUAAGUCACCAUCAAUCUCACCAAGCUCAUGGUCAAAGGGAGCAGUCGACGGAGAGGUCGAAGCACCAUUCGGAAUUUGCUUUUGAGUUACCCGCAUAAGGAAAGAAUACCCGACAUCUCUGGUGGAGAGGCGGCAAGAGGAACCAUUGUCGGAGCAUGUCAGUGGGGGGCGGGGUGGGGAAAGCAGAUUCCGAAGCGCAAGCAUUACCAUCUUGAUGUUUUGCCAGAAGCUUGAUACUAGACAGUUGGGCGCGCAGACGGAGGGAAGACUAGAACCGGAACCGUUAGCGGAGCUUCAGCUCCAUGCACCUCACUGCGAUUUAUCGGGGAUGUACUCUUCGGACCUCUCAGAACCUCGAGCUGCUAAGGCAGCGAGGAGCGCCUUACUCUGGUCCACGGGAAGAUCAU